AUGUUGCUAAAGUAUUUGCGUUCUUCCGUGGUCACCAACGGCAUACGCCGUGGUGCGCAUUACGGCACAGGAACGGGUGCUGAAGGUGGCAAAACUUUUCCACUCGAAGGAAUCCGGAUCCUUGAUCUUACGCGCAUCGUUGCUGGUCCGUACUGCACGAUGGUGCUCGGAGAUCUCGGUGCAGAGGUGUACAAGAUCGAGCGGCCAUUCGAGGGUGAUGAGUCGCGCAAAUGGGGUCCACCGUUUAUGCGCAACUCGAAAGAUUCCGUUUACUUUAUGGCAGCAAAUCGUAACAAAAAGAGUGUUUGUGUAAAUUUGAAAACUGGCCGGGAGGUGAUUUACGAGCUAGCCAAGCGGUGUGACGUAUUGGUGGAGAAUUACGUCCCUGGAAAGUUGGACGGAUUAGGAUUGGGUUACAAUACACUGAAAACGAUUGCUCCCUCGCUGGUGUACUGUUCUAUUACCGGGUUCGGAUCGGAAGGGCCCUACAAAACCAAACCUGGCUACGACGUCAUCGCCGCAUCUAUGGGUGGACUACUGCACAUCACCGGAAGUGAGAACGGGCCACCGGCCAAGGUCGGCAUUGCCAUUACUGAUAUUGCUACUGGAUUGUACGCCCAUGGAGCAAUACUGGCGGCGCUGUUACAACGACACCGGACCGGACGGGGACAAAAAAUUGACGUGAACCUGUUUUCCACCCAAGUCGCAUGUUUGAUUAAUGUGGCAAGCAAUUAUCUGAACGCCGGCAAGGAAUCGAAACGUUGGGGAACGGCUCAUGAAAGUAUUGUCCCGUACGAGGCAUUUGCCACAAAAACGGGCUUCAUUACGAUCGGGUGUGGCAGUGAUGCCCAAUUUGUUUCACUUUGCCGUUUGUUAGGAGUGGCCGAAUUGGCACAGGACGAACGGUUUGUGAACAAUCAGACCCGCGUCGUGCACCGCAAGGAGUUGAUUGCUCUCCUUUCAGACAUUUUGCAACGUAAAUCAUCCUCGGAAUGGAUGGAAAUUUUUGAAAGUGCUUCGUUUCCUGUUGGUCCUAUAAACAGCAUGAGGGAAGUGUUCGAGGACCGUCAUCUGCAAGCAAUAAGAAUGGUAAAAACGCUUCCACAUCCGACAGCAGGCGAGGUAAAACUGGUCGGUCCUCCGGUAGUGUACGGGGAAGCGAAAAAUGAAAUCACAUCCAUUCCGCCACAACUUGGUCAACAUACGGACGAGGUUUUGAGAAGCUUGCUUGGCUAUGGGGACACGGAAAUGGAGUGCUUGCGGAAAGCAAAAAUUAUACAAUAAACAGAUUGCAUUUCUUUCAAAUUUAAGUUUUGCAGUGUAACAAACGAAAGAAGCUAAACCCGUUUUGUAAAUGCUUUGCAGGAACCACCAGUGUUAC